AUGGCGGAUCAAUCAUCAGCUCCGGCCUCCAACGGCCAUGCGCCGGCCGGGGUCGACACCUCGGCGUCCGGCUUACGGCCAGCACAGGCCGGCCCCUCCUUCGUCCCGGAGGGUGCUGCGGACUUGGCCUCCAACUUUGACCAUCAAUUGUCGCUGUCCUCGCUCUCCGUCCAUGCAGACGACUAUAUCAACAACCACCGGGCCGUGGCGCCGCCCCUGCACGUUAGCACCACCUUCCGCUACAACAGUGAUCCGGACAAGCUGUCUGCCUGGAACAACACCGACCCAAAUGCCCCUUUUGACAGCCAUGUGUACAGCCGCGACAGCGCACCCAACACCACUCGCUUCGAGGCUAUCUUGACGAGUCUCCUCAAGGGUCCAGCUAUCACUUACAGCUCCGGUCUGGCCGCCUUCCAUGCCAUGCUGGUCUUCCUCAACCCCAAGAGGGUUGCUAUUGGCGGCGGCUACCAUGGAUGCCACGGCGUCAUCAAGGUGCUGUCCAAGCUGAACGGACUGGAGCAGCUCGAGCUCGAGGACCCAGAGGACCUGAAGAAGCUACAGCCCGGCGACGUGAUGCACGUGGAAACACCACUCAACCCGACCGGCGAGGCGCGGGACCUGGCGUUCUACGCGAAGCUGGCGCGCGAGCUGGGCUGCUACCUGACGGUGGACGCGACGUUUGCGCCGCCGCCGCUGCAGGACCCGUUCGCGUACGGCGUCGACAUCGCCAUGCACUCGGGGACCAAGUACUUUGGCGGGCACAGCGACAUGCUGAGCGGCGUGCUGGCGGUGCACCCACGGCGCGCGCGCGACGACGGCUGGCUCGACGGCCUGCGCGAGGAGCGCCUCUUCCUCGGCUCCGUCAUGGGCAGCCUCGAGGGCUGGCUCGGCGUCCGCAGCCUGCGCACCCUCGAGCUGCGCGUCGAGCGCCAGAGCGCCAGCGCCGCGAGCCUCGUCGGCUGGCUGGCGGCCGAGCUGGAGGACCGGGAGAGCCUGGUCGGCCGCACGGUCGACAGGCUGCAGCACGCGAGCCUGCAGCCCGCGGCCAAGGAGGAGGGCUCGUGGCUCAGGAGGCAGAUGCCCAAGGGCUAUGGGCCGGUGUUCUCGAUUCUGAUGAAGGAUGCCGAGGAUGCGCGGCGCUUGCCUAGCAAGCUGCACCUGUUCCAUCAUGCGACCAGUCUGGGCGGCGUGGAGAGUCUGAUCGAAUGGCGUGCCAUGACGGACAAGAGCGUCGCGAAGACUCUGCUGCGGGUCAGCAUCGGUGUUGAGGGGUGGGAGGACCUGAAGGCGGAUCUCCUUCACGGCUUCCAGGCACUGGCGGCAGAAAAGGGGAAGACGGCGUAA